AUGACUUUUUGUCAUAUGCUUCGCCGUAGGAUGAUUUAUUUGUCACAUUGAUUAGUAGUGUUUCACUAAAUUUUUGUAUUACGAUGUGAUAUUAGUGCACCAAAUAGAAUAGUUUUAUUUUUUAUGUAAUAAUCAAUAUGGUCGAUUCAGUUGACCACUGGGCAACUGUAUGUGUCUGUAAUCUAUGCGGAAAUAUACCUGAGAACGCACCACUGUUCCAUUGUCCGUAUCAACAUCAAUAUUGUAACAGUUGCUUUCUAGAACUUAAACAAAAACACCGAGGUUUGGAAGAGAACAAAUGCUUCUGUGAACUUUGCGGAACACCUAUGACCUUCAAAGAAACAAGAAUAAGUCCUGAAUUCCUUAAAAAAUUAAGAUCAAACCCAGGAAUCGGAAGACCGUAUCGGUACGAAUCUAAUCCCUUGUUAAAGACCAUAAAAAACGCAAGCAAAGAAAGUGAGACUAAUCUACGGUCCACAGCACCACCAACGGUAGAAAACUUAUUUGGCCUUCCCACAACGGAUCUCAACAAACUUUUCGAAAAGAGAAAUCAAGGAGAUAUCGUGGUUGAAGAAAAAUUGUCCAAAACGCGAUCCAAUAUAUUUGGGAAUUGCAGAACUUCAGUUUCAAGCAGAUCGAAUUACCGUUAUCUGAAUUUGUCUCAGUUUUCGUCUCAUAAACCUGUAGUUUGUCCACAUCAUCCAUGCAAUAGAAUGAUUGCAGUGUCUUCCUUCGCCAAUCACUUUCGUUACGAACAUCCAGAACUGAAGAAGUACGCUACUGAAAGACAUAAAGACACUUUGUUGCCUUUCGACAUAUCCUUGAGUGAAUGCGGAAAAAGUCUAUGUCUGGCCAUCAUCACCAUUUACGAGAACAACAAGAUUGACUUGCUCAGGUCUAGGAGCACUCACAGUGUCAUAAAAACGUGUAGAAAGUUCUGCCAGAAAGUGCCUAUUGACUCUUUUUGGGUCAUGCUGAGCGGUUCCAAGUCCAGGAGAAAAUCACACUCUUACAUCUUGAUUUGGUUGUUCUCCAACAGUACCGACAAAUAUCAUAGUACCAUUGAAUUAUCCUCGAAAAACGACAACGUGAGUUUUUCCUGUUUUAGUGACGUCAAUGGUAUUCCAGAAAACCUGAACGUUGACGAAGUAGCGAAGAAAUUCAAUUGUCUUUAUGUUGGUUAUGGUUCGGCAGCUGGUUUAUUAAGAGAAGGUAGUGAUUUGAAUCUUAGAAUUGCAGUACAUUAAUAUUUCUGUAAUAAAUGAUUCUGAAAUUA